CGGCCUUCUGAGCGCGAGUUUCCUCUCCUUGUUUUCAUUCUGCAGUUGACUUAAUUGUUGCAUAAAUAUGUGUGAUUGUGAGGAAUGUAAAGCGGGAAAAAUAUAAAACCAAUGGCUGCCAGUAGAUGAAGUUAACAUAGCGUUCAGCACACACGUUCACAUUGAUAAAAACACAAGCUGAUAAGCCAAACAAAUGGGAGCGGAAAUAUAAGAUAAAAGCGCACAUCAGAACAGAAAUUAGUUGCGAGCAAACCGCCCAGCAAAUCAGACGUUCGGGAAUCGCCAAGUGCCUAAGGUAGAAGGAAGCUUGCAAAUGAAUGAAUGAACGUGCGAACACGACGCGACAAGUGCACGAAACGAGUUACGAUAACACAACAUAAAAUUGAAGAAGCGCUCGGUCAAGCAAGCGAGAGAGAGAGAGAAAGAGAGAGAGAGGUCAGCGAUCUUUAAACAGCUCCAAGCUCCAUCAUCAUUAGUAGCAACAAAAUCAGCAUCAGCGCAUGUCUGGUGCGUGUGUGUUUUAAACAAAACAAUAAUACAUUCGGUUUCAAGGGUAGCCAAGUGAUUCAGUCAGCUAGUCAGCCAAGUAAUUAAGGUGUACUGAGAGAACCAGAGCAACAGUCGUAAGUAGAAGCUUGCACCAUACGGUUCGAUAAAUAUGGCACCACCCACUGUCUUAGUCACUGGCGGUGCGGGCUACAUUGGGUCGCACACAGUGCUGGAAAUGUUGAACGCUGGCUACAAUGUCAUCUGCGUGGAUAAUCUUUGCAAUGCGUAUAGUGGCGGAGCGUCCAAGCUGCCAGAGGCCUUGAGUCGUGUUCAGGAGAUAACCGGCAAGAAGAUUCACUUCUAUCGCGUGGACAUCACAGAUCGCGAGCAAGUGAGAUCGGUGUUCCAAGAGCACAAGAUCGACAUGGUUGCCCACUUUGCGGCACUGAAGGCUGUAGGUGAAUCCUGCCGCAUUCCUCUGCAAUACUACCAUAACAACAUGACAGGCACCAAUGUCCUGCUGGAGGCCAUGGCUGACAACAAUGUCUUCAAAUUCGUGUAUAGCUCGAGCGCUACGGUCUACGGCGAGCCUCAGUUCUUGCCGGUCACUGAGGAGCACCCAACGGGGAAUUGCACAUCCCCGUAUGGAAAAACCAAAUAUUUCACAGAAGAAAUACUUAAGGAUCUGUGCAAGUCAGACAAGCGUUGGGCCGUUGUUUCGUUGCGCUACUUUAAUCCCGUGGGCGCACACAUCAGCGGUCGCAUUGGUGAAGAUCCCAAUGGUGAGCCCAAUAAUCUGAUGCCGUACAUUGCCCAGGUAGCCGUGGGUCGUCGUCCAAAGCUCAGCGUCUAUGGCAGCGAUUUUCCCACCAAGGACGGCACUGGUGUGCGUGACUACAUACACAUUGUUGAUCUGGCUGAAGGUCAUGUGAAGGCCUUAGACAAGCUGCGCAACAUUGCUGAAACGGGAUUCUUUGCGUACAAUCUGGGCACUGGCGUUGGCUGCUCUGUGCUGGAGCUGGUGCAUGCUUUCGAACGUGCCUCCGGCCAGAAGGUGACCUAUGAGCUAGUCGAUCGACGUGCAGGCGACGUGGCCACAUGCUAUGCAGAUGCCAAAUUAGCUGAACAAGCUCUGGGCUGGAAGGCGACGCGUGGCAUUGACAAAAUGUGCGAGGACACUUGGCGCUGGCAGAGUCAGAAUCCCAAUGGCUAUGCCCAGAAGUAGUUUUUGUUAGCGUGUUUCAUAUCGAUGUGUUCUUGCCCCCGCUGCGUGGCAAGUCGCUCCGUCAGCGUGCCACGUUCUUUCUGCUGUUCUGUUAUAUUAUCUACAUGUUCCUCGACCGCUCCUCUAACUCCAAAUAUUUGUAAUUAUUCUAAUUAGCAAAAUGCUUGCGUACGAUUAGUUGUUUAUGGUUUGUUUUCUCAAAUUUUAAGUGCAAAAUGUUACAAAAUUAAAUGAACUAAUAUGUGUCUGUGUGCACGUAAACUCAGA